AUGGUGAGGUGCAUGCCUCGCCCUCUCCCCUACUCCCCGCCCCUAACCCUCUCCUCCCCCUCUCCCCCCCCCCUCCCCCCCAACACUCCCCUUUCCCUCCCCUUCCCCUCUCCUCCUCCUCCGUUUUCCCUCCCCCCUCCCCGUUUCCCCUUGUCCUCCCCUUCCCCCCCCUUUUCCGCGCAUCACAUGCACCUGAAUCAGGGCGUGAAUACUCUCUUCCCCCUUCCCUCUGGAGGGCGUGAAUACUCUCUUCCCCCUUCCCUCUGGAGGGCGUGA